AUGACUGGUCGCGCGUGCGUAGACGAAGCGCCUCCCCCCAAAUUCUUGGGACGAAUCCCCAUGAAGUGGGUUGCGUUGUUUCUCUUGGUUGUCCAGACUGUUGCAGCUGUCCUCGUGCUGCGCGUCUCUCGGCUUCCCACGAAAUCUGACGACGGAGUUAGUCGUCGAUUCUUGAAUACGACAGCAGUAACUAUGGCUGAAUUGGUAAAACUGAUUGCAGGACUUCUUAUUGUAUGGGGGGAAAACAGUUGGAGUAUUGCGAAAACAGGAAGAGUUCUGAAUGCGGCAAUCUGCCAUUCGCCGGUCGCCAUGCUGCAGGUGGGAGUGCCUGCGGCCCUCUACACCCUGCAGAACAAUCUGAUAUUUCUGGCGCUCUCAAAUCUGUCCGCAGCUGUCUACCAGGUGACGUAUCAGUUUAAAAUCCUCACAACAGCCGUGCUGUCAGUUCUCAUUCUUCACAAGCACGUCCCCUUGGUGAAGUGGGUGGCUCUGAUGAUUCUAACAAGCGGAGUUGCGAUUAUUUCGCUCCCUUCAGGAGGCUCGGCUGUCUCUCAUGAUAGUGCGGCUGUGAAUGAGGGGAAUCCACUGGUGGGUCUAAUCGCCGUUUUUUCCGCAUGCUUGACUAGCGGUUUCGCAGGUGUUUAUUUGGAAAAGAUCCUCAAGCAGACUUCAGUGAGCAUCUGGGUGCGAAACAUUCAGCUCGCUUUGUAUGGAACAGUCUUAGCUGUGCUAGGCGCGUAUUGGAAUGACGGUGACAGGAUUCGAGAACACGGAUUUUUCCAAGGGUACAACGGAAUUGCUUGGAGCGCCGUGCUUCUCCAAGCACUCGGCGGCCUCAUUGUGGCUGCCGUCCUCAAGUAUGCAGACAAUAUCCUAAAGUGUUUUGGGAACACCCUCUCAAUCGUUCUCUCAUGCCUCCUCUCCUGGUGGGUCAUUGGCGACUUCGUCCCCUCAACCCUCUUCUCCGUCGGCGCCGCUCUCGUCUUAAUAGCAACGUUCCUCUACACCGUGGAACCAGCAACAGUCGCGCAGGCCUGGCGACGCGUGACCACCUUUAAGGGGUACGCUGGGCCGGCGCGGGCAGCGCAUUUCUCACCUGUUCCAAGCACCGAUCUAAACGAGGCCGUCGAGCUCGUCUCCGAAAGUGGAUACCAGGACAGGCUUUGCGGUGAGUGGUGCCACAACAAGCGUUCAUGA